AUGUCUAGAGACAGAGGAGCAAUGACGCAAAGACUUCGUACAGCGGGGGCCAGCAGCACCAGCACAAUUACCCAAGGGGAGACGACUGGCGGGCUGCAACAACAACACCAACAACAACGACAGUUUAUAAUAACAGGGCGGUUAAGGUUAAGAGCUGAGGCGGAUAAUACGGCGGUAACAGGAACGGGGACCGAUCAGGUUACUAGAAGGAGCAUACGCUGGGCGGAGGAUGUGGUAGACAAUGAGGGACUGGGGAGGAAGAGUUCGAAGGUCUGCUGCAUCUACCAUAAAGCCCGGCCGGUAGGCGAAAGUAGCUCCGAAUCCUCAUCAGACUCUUCUUCAAACGACAGCGACAGCGACAGCGAUGUUGACACUGGCGAAGCCAGGAUGGCUAGUGGCCGCCUACCUGUUAACCCAGCUCUCAGCAAGAUGGGCCUUCGGGACAUGAAGGGUGUGAUGACAGUCAUGCUGGGACCGAUAGCGACACCUGCAGUGAUGCGAAUAAACGCAGGCAGAUACAGAUGCAUCGUCAGCAUCGUCAGCAUCGUCAGCGGCGGCCAAACGCGUAUGAGCGUAUGCCGAAGUUUCGCUCUAAGAAAAACGAAUGAAUAUGGCAGUACGAUAAAGAGAAGGGCAAAAAAGCAGGGAGGAUUGCAGGGCAGUAGUCCGUCGCCGUCAAUUUUGAAACUUAUUUCCGCAAUUCAGUCUUCAAAAGCUUCCAGAGCUUUUCGCGAGGGACUCUAG